AGCCUGUACUGGCCCAAGUGUCUGAUGGUGAAGUGUCCUGUCCUGACCGUCCAGAACGGAAUGCUAUCCACUCAGCGUACACGUUUCGGGGGGAAUGUCACCGUCACCUGCUCCCCCAGAUACGUGUCCGGCGGCUCUGGACUCGCAGCCAAAGCCAUCACACUGACCUGCCUGAACAACGGCUCCUGGAACCAGCCCACCCCAUCCUGUGUUCCAGGCUGUGGUCGUCCUCCUGUCUAUGGGAAGCUGCAGCUGCGUGAGCCGUUUGUGCUGCAGGAGGCGUAUCGGCUGGACGCGUCCGUCUCAUACGGCUGUGCUGUCGGCUACGCCCGCGCUGGGGGCUCGUCCAUUUCACGCUGCAAACCCACAGGGUGGACACGCGUCAUACUCCGCUGUGAACCCAAGUCAUGUGGUUCAGCUGGAGAGAUUCUCAAUGGACGAUACGUCUACAAUGAGGGGGUGGAGUUUGGCAACUCCGUCUCUGCUGUCUGCAAUGAGGGCUACCAUCUGAUUGGACAAAUCACCCGAUUCUGCACCAGCACUGGUUGGGACGGCCGAGAGGCCGUGUGUGAGCCUGUCCAGUGCCCUCCUCCCCCACAGGUUAUGGGUGCUGAGCUGUCCGGCUCUGUGGACGAGCCUCACCUGUACAGUCACAUGGUCAUCUACCGCUGCCCCAGCGGCUACCUGGUGGGAGAGAGGGAGAUGCACUGCACCAAGGACGGCACCUGGAGCGCCCCCCCGCCACAAUGCUUAGACUUGAGGUGUCGGCAGCCCGUGAUGCGCUUCGGUUCGCGUACGUGGAACUACAAGCUGAACUACAAGCCUGGCGAGAAGGUGGGCGUGGCCUGUGGCCAGGGCACAAGGCUGGAGGGGGCCUCAACGCUCACCUGUGGAAUCGACGGACAGUGGGACCCACCUGUACCCACAUGUGUUUGGAUAUCCUAGUGAAAAGAUCCAGUGUGGAGGUGUGGAGAGAGGAGACAUCAGCUGCCUCCGGCUCACAUCCGGCCUUGGUGUGGCCCACAUCCGGCACAGGCCCGCUCAUCUCCUAAGAUCUCAGAGGGCUCCCUCUGCUAUGACUUGCACUGUCCCAAGUACUCGCCUUCUGCUGAACUAUUGAUGUGAUGUGUGUUUACAUGCUACAGCUAUACAUGGAUUUCUAUGGAACGUCACGAAAACAUGCGUGCGCAACCAAGAGGCAGAAAGCACCAUUGAA